AGGCGCUCCGGCCGCCAAGGGUGCGACCUACGGGGGCAAGCCCGUGGCGGCGGCGCAGUGGGCGCCCCCGCCGAAAGACCCCCCGCCGUGGGCCCAGGCGGAGGGCAAGCAGGGGGAGCUGCUGUGGAAGGCCGUGCCCGAGGCCCGCGGUUUCGCGCACCUCGAGCUGGAGUGGGAGCCAGAUAAGCUCGAGAAGAAGAUCCGUGACUACUUCAACAAGGCCAGCAAGAACAUCCAGUUCCGGGGCCGCACCCUGCAGCAGUGCGUCGACGAGUACUGACAACGCCAUGGGCUCCCUGUUCGCCUCGAUGGGGGACCGGGAGUGGCUGUACAAGGGGCAGGCGGACUUCGUGCUGCUGCUGGACGCGGGCAUUAAGGACAGCUUUCCCGGGCAGUUGCUCUGGACCGCGGAGCAUCACGAGUUCGAGCAGAUGGUCCUGACGUCCUACGAGCGCGCUUUCGACGAGAACCGCUUUGGCCCCGCGCUCUCGGAGACGGUCAAGGACAAGAUCCAGGGCCCGAAGAGUAAGAAGAAGGUGUGGAACGCUCUGGAUGCCGGCAGAAAGCUGGCGUUGGCGGAGGGCACCGCCAGCUUGGAGGC